AUGGAUGACAUCAGUGCUUUACUGAGUAAUUCUGGUGAACAGACGGCAGAGCGGGCCAUUGCAAAAGCUAAAGAAAUAGUUAAUGGAUUAGUGCUGAAUAUUGCUGUGACCGGGGAGACUGGUGUAGGGAAGUCUUCCUUUUUGAAUGCCAUCAGAGGUGUUCAAAGAGGGGAUGAAGGCUGGGCCCCCACUGGGGUGACAGAAACAACAAAGGAGCCCAUGAUGUACCCCCAUCCAACGAUGCCCAACGUGAGGAUCUGGGAUUUGCCAGGAAUAGGGAGUCCACGUUUCAAAGCAAAGACCUACUUGAAAGGUGUGAAAUUUGAAGCUUACGACCUAUUUAUCAUUGUGAGUGCAUCCAGAUUUAAGGAGAAUGAUAUCAUGCUCGCAAAAGAAAUCAAAAAUAGGAGAAAAAACUUUUACUUUGUACGCUCCAAGAUGGACCUAGACAUAAGCAAUGAAAUAGAGAGUGAAGGGAAGACAGAGGAAGAGACACUCUGCAGCAUACGAGAGUACUGCUUGGCCAAUCUCUGUGACUUUGGACCUCUCCCGGUCUUCCUCAUCUCAUCCAGGCAGCGGGAGAAGUUUGACUUCCAGAAACUGAUAGAGACUCUGGAAAGAGAUCUCCCCAGAGAAAAGAGGGGCUUGCUACUGCAUAGUUUACCCGUGUAUUCAAUACAGCGCCUUGAUGAGAAGUACAGCGCAUUCAAGAAAACCAUCUGGGCACUGGCUGUUGCGUCUGGGGGCAUAGGUGCAGCCCCUGUGCCAGGCCUCUUAUUUGCCCGUGACACUGCCAUGAUUCUGUCCUUUCUCACCAAGGUCUACCACUCAUUCGGCCUACACGACAAAGCCCUGGAAAAGUUGUCAGUACAAGUGAACAAACCCAUAUUGGAAGAAGUGAAAAAGUCUAAACUUAUUCAGGAUAUUAGCAAGUCUAAGGUCAGUUUGAGCAUGCUGACAAAACUGGGGACCAUUGGUGCUGUUGAGAUUCUUUCCUGUGUAGUACCAGUUGCAGGCAACAUUGCAGCAGCUGCAGUGUCCUUUGUUACCACAAGGGCUGUGCUGCAAGAGGGUCUGGAUGAACUGUAUGGUGUUGCCAAAAAGGUGCUCGAAAUGGCAGAACUGCAGUAA